AUGGGCAGCUUAGGAGGUGAGUUCUCAGAUGGCGGCGUCCGACCGGCGGAUGGGUCGGGGGUGGUGGGCUAUUAUUUUGCCGUCGUUGACCAGUUCCCUUUAGCUGCUGCAGGGGGGGACGGCAGCAAGGUCGGGCUGCCGGCGCUGGACGUGGCGCUCGCGUUCCCGCAGGCUACGCCGGCAUCGCUCUUCCCGCCCGCCGCCUCGGACUACUACCAAUUUGAUGAUUUGCUGACUGAUGAAGAGAAGGCACUCAGGAAGAAGGUCCGGGGUAUCAUGGAAAAGGAAAUCCCGCCCAUUAUGACUGAGUACUGGGAGAAGGCUGAAUUCCCAUUCCAUGCCAUUCCCAGCCUUGCCAGUCUCGGCUUAGCUGGUGGUACAAUAAAGGGGUAUGGGUGCCCAGGACUCUCGCUUACAGCUAGUGCUAUUUCGAUAGCAGAAGUUGCACGGGUCGAUGCGAGCUGCUCCACAUUUAUUCUAGUGCACUCCUCGUUGGCUAUGUCCACGAUUGCCCUUUGUGGAUCUGAGGCUCAAAAGCAGAAAUACUUGCCAUCUCUUGCCGAGUUCAAAACUAUUGGUUGUUGGGCAUUGACAGAGCCAGAUUAUGGAAGUGAUGCAAGCUCCCUAAGGACUGCAGCAACCAAGGUACCUGGUGGUUGGCAGUUAGAUGGACAAAAACGCUGGAUAGGUAACAGCACUUUUGCAGAUGUCCUCAUCAUUUUGGCUAGGAAUGCAGAUACGAACCAACUAAAUGGAUUUAUUGUAAAGAAAGGAGCUCCCGGUCUAAAAGCGACAAAAAUUGAAAAUAAAAUUGGACUCAGAAUGGUUCAAAAUGGAGACAUAAUUCUAAAUAAAGUAUUUGUCCCUGAGGAAGACAGAUUAACAGGCAUCAAUUCAUUUCAGGAUAUAAACAAGGUACUCGCUAUGUCUCGAAUUAUGGUGGCAUGGCAACCAAUAGGCAUAUCAAUGGGAGUUUUUGACAUCUGCCAUCGGUACUUGAAAGAGAGAAAGCAAUUUGGAGCUCCACUGGCAGCUUUUCAGCUCAAUCAAGAAAAGCUUGUCCGAAUGCUUGGCAACAUUCAGGCUAUGCUUCUCGUUGGCUGGCGACUGUGCAAGCUGUAUGAGUCAGGCAAAAUGACACCAGGCCGAUCUAGUUUAGGCAAGGCGUGGACGUCCCAGAAGGCCAGGGAGGUGGUUUCUCUUGGCCGAGAGCUACUGGGUGGCAAUGGCAUUUUGGCUGAUUUUCUCGUCGCCAAGGCAUUUUGUGAUCUGGAGCCCAUUUUCUCGUACGAGGGCACGUAUGACAUAAACAGCCUGGUGACUGGCAGAGAGAUCACUGGGAUCUCGAGCUUCAAGCCUGCUGUGUCAGCAAAGUCACGCCUGUGA